AAGUAGAAAGACCACAGGCUAAAGUUGUGCAAUACUUAAUAGAAUAUGUGUAUAAAUAAUGAAGUAUACUUGGAAACUUGGACCAGGAGUUCCGCAGUUCAAUUUCACAACUUUAUUUUCAGUGAUUUCUAAUUUUUUGUAUAAAAUCAUGUGUGCAUCAAUUUCCCUCCCUUCAAACUAAUUCUUCUAUAGAAACCCUUCUCUCUUUUUCUCUUUUUCUCUCAAAAAAAUCUCAAGCACAAGUUUUAGCACUGAGGGAAGUAUCAAUGGCCAGUUGGGUUGCAGUGCUAAGUGUUGUUUGGGUGAGCAUGGUAAUUGCAUGGGCAUGGAGGGUGCUGAAUUGGGUGUGGUUGAGGCCAAAGAAACUAGAAAGAAGCUUGAGGGAGCAAGGCCUUACAGGCAAUUCCUACAAGCUUUUGUUUGGAGACACCAAAGAGAGCUCAAUGAUGCUGGACCAAGCACAAUCCAAACCCAUCAAACUCUCCACCUCCCAUGAUAUAGCGCCACGUGUCAUGCCAUUUGUCCAUCAAACUGUGAACACUUACGGUAAGAAUUCUUUUGUUUGGAUGGGUCCCAUACCAAAGGUGAACAUCAUGAACCCUGAAGAUUUGAAAGAAAUCUUCAACAAAGAUCAAAAUUUUCGGAGGCCAUCAGCAAACCCUAUGAUUGAUUUGCUAGCACAAGGCCUUUUAGCCUUUGAAGAUGGAAAAUGGGCUAAACACAGAAAGAUUAUCCAUCCAGCAUUCCAUUUAGAGAAGCUAAAGGGUAUGUUACCAACAUUUUACCAAAGCUGUAGCGAGAUGAUUAACGAGUGGGAGAGGUUGGUGUCCAAAGAAGGUUCAUGUGAGUUGGAUGUGUGGCCUUGUCUUCAAACUUUGUCCGCCGAUAUGAUUUCUCGGGCUGCAUUUGGAAGUAGCUAUCAAGAGGGAAGGAAAAUAUUUCAGCUACUGAGAGAGCAAGAAAAAUUUUACGCAACAGCCAUCCAAAGUGUUUACAUUCCAGGUUCAAGGUUUCUACCAACCAAGCAGAACAAGAGGAUGAAGAAAAUAUAUGAAGAAAUAAGUGUGCUGCUCAAGGGCAUUAUAAAUAAAAGAGAAGAGGCAAUGAAGUUGGGUGAAGCCAGUAAACAUGACUUAUUAGGUAUACUUAUGGAGUCCAACUUGAAGGAAAUUCGAGAACAUGGGAACCACAGAAACACUGGAAUGAGUCUUGAAGAUGUAAUUGAGGAGUGUAAGCUGUUUUACUUGGCUGGCCAAGAGACCACUUCUGUGCUGCUUGUUUGGGCAAUGGUUUUGCUAAGUCAAAACCAGAAUUGGCAAGCUCGUGCAAGAGAAGAGGUCUCGCAAGUCUUUGAAAGCAACCCACCAACCUAUGAUACCCUAAGCCACCUAAAAGUUGUGACAAUGGUUUUACUUGAAGUUCUUCGAUUAUACCCAGCAGCCGUUGAGCUUCUCCGAACCAGUCGUAAGAAAACACAGCUUGGAAAGUUCUCAUUGCCGGCCGGAGUCGAGGUCUCCAUACACAUAAUGCUUGCUCACCAUGACAAAGAAUUGUGGGGUGAAGAUGCAGAUGAGUUCAAGCCAGAGAGGUUUUCAGAAGGAGUUGCAAAGGCUACAAAGAACCAAUUUGCAUACUUCCCUUUUGGAGCAGGUCCACGGAUUUGCAUUGGACAAAACUUCGCUAUGCUGGAAGCAAAAUUGGCCUUGUCAUUGAUUUUGCAACACUUCACCUUUGAGCUUUCUCCAUCCUAUGCUCAUGCUCCUUUGACAUUAAUAACCCUUCAACCUCAAUAUGGUGCUCAUAUAAUUUUAAGUAAACGUUGAUUAGUUCUGAAUGGUAUGUAUUAAGGACAUCACAUGGCUUAGCUAGCCAUAUUAACAUGUAUAUUUUAUAAUAAUUCUAGUGAAUUGUCCAAAAUAUAUCUGCAUUUCUGUCUUAAAAAA